CGGGCGUGUACGAGUAAAGGAAAAAAGUGAGACACGACACGCAAGGACGCACGCUUUCUAAUCGGCACGAAUUAUUCAGAAUUGUAACGUUAUUCGCGAGCAUUCGCUGCUGCCUCGUAGCACCUGAAGCAGAGGACUCUCUCCUGUGGGAGGUUAUAGAAAAUUUCGCGAGAACAUGUAAACAAUAACAGACGAAUCUUAUUGUAUGUCAGGAUUCCCGAGGUAUAGAUCAUUCCUUUUCGUUGAAUUAUCAACGUUUCGUUCACAGAUAGCCUGAAAUAUAAAGACAGAUACUUCGAUCAAUACGAAGUAUUACAUGCUAAAAAUAGGCUAUGCCUUCGCUUUCAUGUUAUAUUAAUAAGGUCUACUUUUCAUGUUACAUUAAUAAGGUCUAUAUAGUUAUACAUUUUGCUCAUGUAUCAUUGAUAUCGAACACGUAUGCUAAUAUGUAUGCUAACACGUAUGCUAAAAAUCACGAGACAUGUCAUCAAGCGUCACAUCGAAUUGUACAAGUUGCUUCAAAAGAGACAACUCUUUUUUUUUGUCACACAACACAGAUGAACUUAGAUGGCAUCUCUCGGUACAGUGUUAUUAUGUUAUCCUCCUGAAGACCAUUAAAAACACCUUAAAACGAAGGAGAAGUCCCCUAUGCAUAAUACAAUGUACAGUACACAGUGGGUGCGGUGUGUGCGUGUAUUGACGUUUUGUGACGCGCACGACGCACGAGUUGCGCCGAUGUGCCGCACCGGCAACGACGGUAAAUCGCGUAAAAUACUGUCCACGAUGAAGAUAUCGAUGCAUCUGUGAUAUUUUGAGGAAACUCUCAGUGAAAUUAUUGUGUAAUCAUUCACUUAUCUGGCUUAUGGCUCGUUGAUAACCCCGCGGGAAAGUGCAACAAGUUUUGAUUUACAAACAGGAUAACAUGGCAAUUGGAAAUUCCUAUUUGUCUCUUUAAAUUUCCUCGUAUUUUUUUAUAUUUUGCCAUAUGCUACGUUAUAUAAUUAACGCGAGUCAUGCGUUGUAUACAUUAUUAACGAGGCUUUUAGUUUUAGUAUGGAGAUAUUCUGCAGCACGAUUAAUUGAAGGUAGCUUCGAGAAGCAUGAUUAUGUGGAAGAUGUGGUAUGCAAGCAGGAGGAUAUCAAAGAAAAUGAAAUGAAGUUGCUGCCGCUUGGAGGGCAGAAGAUUCUGUUGAUAAAACAAAAAGGAGAAUUACAUGCGCUCGGUACGAGAUGUACGCAUUAUGGGGCACUGCUAAACACCGGUGCAUUAGGAGAAGGACGAGUGAGGUGUCCAUGGCAUGGUGCAUGUUUCAACAUCAAAACAGGUGAUAUCGAAGACUAUCCAGGAUUGGAUUCCACACCAUGCUACAAGGUUUCUGUAGACAACGCUGGUCUUGUCCGCGUAAAAGCUAAACGUAAAGAAUUGGAAACGAACAGACGUAUGAAAGAAAUGUCUGUGCGUGAUCCUCAAAAUAAGGAAACAGUCGUGAUAGUCGGCGGAGGACCGGCAGGUGCAGUUUGUGCAGAGAGUCUGCGACAGGAAGGUUUUACAGGACGAAUCGUCAUGGUGUGCAAAGAGGACGUCAUACCGUAUGAUCGAAUUAAAGUAUCGAAAAUAUUCGACUUGGAUGUUCACAGAGCAGCAUUACGGCCCUCUUCGUUCUACAACGAUCACAAAAUCGAGACGAAACUUGGCGUAGAAGCCAUAGGCAUAGAUACAUCCCAAAAUCUUGUCAAACUAAGUAACAACGAGGACUUGAAGUAUAAUUACUUAUUUACCUGCACAGGCGGUAAGCCGAGAAUGAUCAAUCAGCCUGGAAAUAAUUUGAAGAAUAUUUUUGUUAUGCGAAAUUACACUGACUCACGUGGCAUACAUUCGUUACUUUCUGCGGACAAACACAUAAUUGUAUUGGGAAUGGGUUUCAUUGGGAUGGAAGCUGCAGCUUAUUGUAUCGGAAAGUGCGCAUCUAUUACAGUGGUGGCAGAGAAUACCGCACCUUUGUCAGCGGUAUUCGGCAUUGGCAUUGGCUAUAGAAUUAAGAAGGAAUACGAAGCGAAAGGCGUGAAAUUUAUUAAAAACAGUAUUAAACAGUUUAUUCCGAAGGACGGGGAAGAUGUCAUAGCUAAAGUGGAACUUACAGAUGGUCAGAUUUUACCAGCAGAUAUAGCUAUCAUUGGAAUAGGAACCACGUUUUACACAGACUGGUUGAGGGAAUCGAAUAUUCAGAUGAAUGGCAAUGGCACUGUACUAGUGGACAAGUAUCUAAAAACGAACAUAGAGAACGUGUAUGCCGGAGGUGAUAUAGCCUAUGCACCGAUAUAUGGAUGUGACAACAUAUUGGCCGCAAUAGGUCAUUAUUCUUUAGCCCAAUAUCACGGUAAAAUUGCAGCUCUGAACAUAUGCGGCAAGGAAACACCGUUGAAAAGCGUGCCGUAUUUCUGGACAAGUUUGUUGGGCAAAAAUUAUCGAUACGCAGGCUACGGAAAGCCAGUUACCAUAAAGAUCCAUGGCUCGCUGGAUAAUCUGGAAUUCUUUGCUUAUCAUCUUAAAGGUGGUAAAGUGAUAGGAAUGAGCAGUGUUAAUGCCGAUCCUGUAGUAUCUGAUUUCGCGAAUUUACUUUACGAAGGAAAGGUAUUAACAGAAGAGGAGAUUAAUGCGGACCCAUUUGGUUGGAUGAGAAACAAACCAAAAGAUGUGUUAACACGAUUCAAAGAUAGUAUCUUAGUAGAUGUUUGAAUGCUUUACAAAACUAAUAUAAUAAUUUCGCAUUUUGGAGCAAUAUUAUACCAGUAUUAGAACCAAUUUUUAAUUUGUAUAUAUAUGAUAUACAUCUUUUUAGAUAAACUUAUAUAAUCUAACCCUUGAUAUUUUUUUCUCGCAAUUAAAUGUAAUAGAUAACUUUUUUGGAGCAAUAGUAUUAAUGGGAUAGUUCAGAAAAUUCUUUAUUGUUUGAAAUCUCUAAUUUUUGUAGUUAAGAAAAAUAAUUUUUUUAAUUUUUGUGCAUGUGUAGUGUACAUAAUAAAAUAUAAAAUUAGUAAAUCA